UAAACACAACCUUAUUGUUCUAAAGAACCCUUUUAUUCUGAAAUAUCUGUACAAUUUAUAUUUCAAUAUGUAUCUUGUUUGCUACCAUCUUUAUUUUGUUUCUGUUUUUAGUUUAUCAGAACACAACCCCUUCUCCACAGAAUAAAUAUCAGUAGCCUAAUAAAGUAGAAUUUAGAGAUAUUGAAUUUAUGAUCAAUAUUAGUAUUUUUUCCUUAAGUAUUAUUACAACAUUUAACUCAGUUGUGUAUUUCAGAUGCUGUGAAGUCAUAUAACUGUAUAACUAAUGCUAAAUUAUAAUGACUUUUUUUGUAUAAGUCGGUGGGUGCUAGCAACCAAAAUUCUUCAAAAUAUGUUCUUUUGUGUUCAACAGAAGAAAGAAAAUCAUAAAGGUUUAAAAUUACACAAGAAGAGUAAAUGAUGAGGUAAUUGUGCAUUUCGGGUGAACUGUCCCUUUAACACACGAUCAAUAGAGGCCAAUUGCAAGUAUAUCAGUAGUCCUCAACAAAAUAGUUGCCACCGCGUUUCCUCAUGUUUCGGUGAGUUAAUGUUGUGGGUACGCCAAAAUCAAUUUAAUAAUAAUAAUAAAAACAUGCUAUAUUCGACACAGGCGUGGCUUCUGACGUCACGCCCUUUUUACCCGGGAAAUCAUUUCUGGCGCAAAACCCGUGAACAGGACCACACGAGGAGUGCAUUUAUCAGGAUAGAGCGUCAAGAGAGAGAGAAUGUAAAUACAUAACUGGAUGCAAUGUCUAAACGGAAGAGAAUUAGUCCUGUGGAGGAUGCCACUACACACAUUCUGUCUGGCAAAGACAAGCCAUGCUUUGAGGAGAGAUUCAUUAACUCUCAUAAAGGUAGAGGUGUGUUUGCUAGCAUGUCCAUUGACAAAGGAUGCUUCAUUCUUGAAUACCGUGGAAAGUUAAUUUCCCAAGAGGAGAGCCAAAUAAGACAGAAUAAAUACAGUGAAACAGAAAAUACCUUCUUAUUUGACUUUGAUUGGGACGGAAAACAAUGGUGCAUUGAUGCCUCAAAAGAAGAUGGUUCACUUGGGAGAUUAGUGAAUGACGAUUACAAGUCUCCUAACUGUAAAAUUAAAAAAAUAGGUGUUGGAGGCAAACCACAUCUGUGUUUGUUUUCAAUUAAGGACAUAGCUUCUGGUGAAGAAAUAACAUACAACUAUGGAGAUUCAAAAUGGCCAUGGCGUACUCUGAUCAACCGAGCAGACUCUUGCAGUGAUGAGAACACGCCAUCAGAAGAGGCCGCAUGCUUUCCUACCAAAAUCAACAAGAAGUCAACUGAACAGAUCAACCGAGCAGACUCUUGCAGUGAUGAGAACACGCCAUCAGAAGAGACCGCAUGCUGUCCUACCAAAAUCAACAAGAAGUCAACUGAACAGAUCAACCGAGCAGACUCUUGCAGUGAUGAGAACACACCAUCAGAAGAGGCCGCAUGCUGUCCUACCAAAAUCAACAAGAAGUCAACUGAACAGAUCAACCGAGCAGACUCUUGCAGUGAUGAGAACACGCCAUCAGAAGAGGCCGCAUGCUUUCCUACCAAAAUCAACAAGAAGUCAACUGAACAGAUCAACCGAGCAGACUCUUGCAGUGAUGAGAACACGCCAUCAGAAGAGGCCGCAUGCUGUCCUACCAAAAUCAACAAGAAGUCAACUGAACAGAUCAACCGAGCAGACUCUUGCAGUGAUGAGAACACGCCAUCAGAAGAGGCCGCAUGCUGUCCUACCAAAAUCAAUAAGAAGUCAACUGAACAGAUCAACCGAGCAGACUCUUGCAGUGAUGAGAACACGCCAUCAGAAGAGGCCGCAUGCUUUCCUACCAAAAUCAACAAGAAGUCAACUGAACAGCUACACAGGUUUGCUGCCCGGAUAAACCGACUGAGAGAACAUCAUAACAGACAUGCUGAACGCUUUGAAAAGCUGUCUGAAGCACUUGUAAUUGAAGGACGGGUGCCUGAUAGCUCAGCGAAUGAUGAAUCUGAGAUAUCUUGUGAGGAAUCCUGUUCUGACUACAGUGACAAGGAUUAUGUCCCUGAUUCAGACAGUAGCUCAUCAGACAGCAGUUGUAGAAGUGAAGAGCUUUAUAACUUGCAUGCUAAGCCACUGAAGGGAGGUGUUGUGGGGUUUCAGAGUACAACAGACAGGAGUGCAACAGACAGGAGUGCAGCAGACAGGAGUGCAAGCGCAUUAAAUAACCGCUCCACAUCUGUGACCCCGAUGCCUACUGACCUGCAAAUAAACAGAUACAAGAAGAAACAAUAUUGUGUUUAUUGUCAGAAGCCAUUCUCUAAAAUCGCACGACACUUGGAGUUUGUUCAUCACAAUGAACUGGAGGUAGCUAAGGCAUUCAGCUUUGACAAAAAGUCAAAGGAAAGAAGAGCGAGAUUACACCUUUUGAAAAGUAGAGGGAAUUUUGCCCAUAAUGCUGCAGUUUCAAAAGCUGGAAUUGGGGAAAUGGUUGCUUGCCGGCGGCCCAAAGAAGAAAAAUCUACCUCUGACUUCAGUCACUGUAUCCACUGUCAAGGUCUGUACAACAGAAAGACCCUAUGGAGACACAUGCGAACAUGCCCCCAGAACCCCACAAAUGAAAAACACACAGUUGGACAGAGGAGAGUUCAGUCACUCAUCAGCUUGAGCCUUCCUCCACCAGCGGAUGUUAGCAAAAGCGUAUGGACCAUUGCUUCAGUAAGAGCAGUCGCUGGAUUCAGUGAGGAGACAAACACCUACAAGAUACCAUCACUGGCACUGAAGCUUGGACACAGCUUGGUGAAGAUUGCCAACUCGGUGGAAUGCAAUGCACUGAUGUCAGGACGCGAAGCCGUUGCAGAGUGUGCACGAAAUUUCAGACGUUUGUAUGAAAGCAAGUGGAAUGAUGUAGUGUCUGCAGCUGCACUGACUACUCUGGGUGAAGCUAAAUGGAAUAAGCCACAAGUCCUGCCAUUUACAGAGGAUAAGAAGAGAGGGUGA